UCGCAGCUGGGUGCGGUCCCCGCCCGGCAGCCGCGGGUGGCCCCGGCCCGGGGCGGUGCGGGCGAGGACGGCCCGAGGGGGGCUCCGGGCGCGCUGCCGGCUCGGCUGGGCACGGGCUUGCGAGGACCGCGGCGGAGUUUGAGGUAACGGCAAAGUGUGUGGCUUAUCGGGUUUCAGCUUCUUGUAACUUCUGUUGUCAUGGAGUUCAGCUCUGCCGAUGUCAAAAUGAAGUCUCUUAGAAAACUUCACUGCACAAGAAACUACAUCCAUAUGAAUUUAUUUGCAUCUUUUAUCCUGCGUGCCACAGCAGUUCUUAUAAAAGAUACUGUAUACUACAAUAUUUACUCCAAAAGACCGAAUGAUGAAACUGGAUGGAUAUUAUACCUCAGUCCUGAGAUUGUAACAAUUUGCAGGACUGCCCAGUUUUUCAUGCAUUACUUUGUUGGGGCAAAUUAUUUUUGGCUAUUAGUAGAAGGAAUUUAUCUCCAUACAUUAUUGAUAACUGUUGUACUCUCUGAAAGACGACUGCUACAGACGUAUAUUGUGAUAGGAUGGGUUGUUCCUAUCCUCUUUGUGGGCCCUUGGGGAAUAAGCCGAUCAAAACUGGAGAACACAGGGUGCUGGGGAACAAAUGAACACAUGGGAAUUUGGUGGAUCAUCCGAGGACCAAUGUUGUUUUCCAUUGCAGUUAACUUUGGCAUCUUCUUAAAAAUUCUCAGGAUGCUGAUUUCCAAACUAAAAGCUCAGCAAAUGACCUUUCAUGACUACAAAUACAGGUUGGCAAGGUCUACACUUGUGCUGAUUCCGUUGUUGGGGAUCCAUGAAUUUGUAUUUACCUUCAUCACUGAUGAACAGGUGGAAGGACUUUCCAGACAUAUAAGACUUUUCAUCCAGCUGACAAUGAGCUCAUUUCAUUGCUUCUGCCUGUUACUGCACGUUCUGGUCUUGCAGCAGCAAUGAACUAAAUUCACAUAGGGAUUUACAAACUUACAUUCAACGCAGAGGCACCACUAGUAUUCACAAAGUUCUCUCCUGAUCUGGUGAGUUCCUACAUCUCUGGCAGUGGGUAUCAUCAGGCUUAGCAACCACAGGACUUAACAGCACCGUGUAGUUUAGGUCCUAUUUCUGCUUGUGGUGCCUGUGAGGCCAAAUUUAGAGCUCAAACUGAGAACACAAAAAACCCCACCCAGUGGAGACAUUUUCAUGGACUUUCUAUCCAAAAAAGAGAACUAUCUCCAGUUGCAGAAGCAGUUCUGCAUAAAAAGCUCCUUUUUAAGGUAUUAAAUUUGUAUUUAUCCUUCAGAACCUCUCUCCAUGACUUCCGAGUCUUCUGUAACUACUAUUCUAAAAUUCAUCCCCAUAGUAAAAUAUCAUCUAUUAUAAACUCUAAUGACCACAACAUUUUAUUAUCUUUUUUUGCAUAUUUCUUUGGAAUAAUUCAGAUGCAGAGGAUUAUUUAAAAGUUAUAUUAAUAAAUGACACAUCAAAAUUACUUAUAUUUUGCUACUGUAACCCAGGUGAAGCAUGAAAUAAAGUAGACAUAAAAUACAUGGAAAAAGCAAUUAUGGUUGCUAUUUCUCCUGCCCCGGUUUCCACUCCUGUGGCAGAUAAACUGUUCUUUUUCAUACUUACUGCACAUAUGCUUAAGGAAUUAAUGGCUCCAAACCUUUCAGGAUUGAUGGAAAAUUAACAGUAGGCUCAACAUGCUAUUGGUUAAUGCUAGAUAUGCUAAAAAAUAUUGAAGCUGCUGUGCAUGUGAAUAUUUUUUUUAAGAUUUUGUCUGAGAAAAUCAGAAAUAUUUCUGGAAAAGUAUGAGUGUGAAAACAAUUGAAUGAUGUCAGCUGUAUUAUAUAUGGUUAUCACACCUUUUACUUGUGAUAUGAACAUUGCCUUGGUACUGAUAGUCAACUGCAUUUAUUCUCUUCAUCAGAACUUGUGUCAUAGAUGUGUUUAGACACACCAAGAGAAGUGCAUUUCCUGAAGCAAUGGUAAUAAAUCUGCAUAUCUGUGCCAGACUGAUAGUCUGAGAUGCAUGCGUAUAAGUUGUUUUGAUCUGAGAUAAAAUACAGACAGAGAGGAGGAAAAUGGAAAGAGUCAUUUUGGGGUUAGUUUAAAACAACUUUUAUCUCUAGGAUUUAAUUUAUUUUUUUAAAAUAUAGAAUCAUAGAAUCAUAGAAUUGCUGAGGUUGGAAGGGACCUUUAAGAUCAUCAAGUCCAACCUUUAACCUACCCUGACAAAAGCCACUUCUAAACCAUGUCCCUAAGUGCCCCAUCUACCCUUUUUUUAAACACCUCCAGGGAUGGUGAAUCCACCACCUCCCUGGGCAGCCUAUUCCAAUGUUUAAUAACCCUUUCAGUGAAAAAAUGUUUCCUAAUAUCCAAUCUAAACUUCCCCUGACAUAACUUGAACCUGUUUCCUCUUGUCCUAUCACUUGUCACCAGGGAGAAGAGGUCAGCCCCCAUCUCUCUACAACCUCCUUUCAGGUAGUUGUAGAGGGUGAUGAGGUCUCCCCUCAGCCUCCACUUCUCCAGGCAAAUGUUUAUUUGAGUCAAUUUCAAAGGAAAAAUGGCAAUUCAAAAUAGCUGUAACAAUACAGAUGAGCCUUAAACUAGCACUAAUCCCUUGAUAUAUCAUUAAUUUUUAAAAAGGACCCAAAUGAGAUCGCUUUCAGUAAUCUCGUUGACAAAUUCAAACAAGAACAUGGACAAUAUCAGUGCAUUUUUUGUUUUACCAUGUUUAGAAAUAGCAGCAGUCACAGUAUGACAACAGUAGUUUGAAAAAAAAAAAAGUGGCAGCAGAAUGAAGGUAACAUGGAAGAUCAAACUGGGUUGUAUAGCCUCUGUUCUUCAGCGUCUGCAUCAAACUUGCCCUACAUUUGCUAAGGCACCGUAUGAGAACAAGUUAAUGGGUACUUCAAUAAUAAGUACAUACAGGCAAUGAGUUUCCUUUUUGAAAAUUAAGAAGCAUUGUUUACCCUUAUGGCUUUAACGCCGAUGUCAUCUUUAAACUGAAACUUCAGGUUUUUCCUGUUCACUCUAACUUUUUCCACUUACUGUCUUUCUCUUACAGGGUUUUUUCGUAGCGGUUUUAUAUUGCUUUGCUAAUGGAGAGGUAAGAGACAAUGCUAUGAGAAAAGUUUUAGUUGAUUAGUUAAGUAUAUUAAUGACACCAAGAAGGAUAAACACACUAACUAGUUCUGCUUAUUUGAGAGCAUGGGUGCAUUCUUUGGAACUGGUGUAAUUGUUUUGUACAAAGAGAACAGCAAGACCUCUCGCAGGUUUGGGAUUCAAAUGCAAGAUAUCUCCACUGAAGCCUGAGUGGCUGUAGCACUGUGGAGGUACAGAUACCCUGGGGUCUCUGAAAUACCAGCAGACAUUUAUGGUCAGCCACCUAAACCCCACUUUAAUCAGCUGGAAUCACAGCCUUCAUGUUGACCAGGCUGAACCCUCUCUUAUUUUACCCCAAAGUCCAUGUGAAGUGACUAAAUCUGGAGUGCUUUAAUAUCUUACAUAGCAACGUGUUGAAAAAAUAAUUUCAUACAUGCACUGCUCAGGACAUCCCUAAACUCAAUGUGAGGGGAUUCCUUGUCUGGAAGUUGUAUCCUGCUAGGCCUCACGGGACAGCUGGGGGUUCAACCUGCUCCAUGCCUGGAUUUAGGCAGAUCAGUGAUGGCUCUUAUGCAAGGAGGUGACAGCAGAGAAAGCUAACCUCCUGCCAAUGCAGGGUGAAGCCUGAAUUCAGACCAGAUUGCUUGGGUUUUUUGUCUAGCUGAGCUUUGAAUCCCCACCAAGGACAGAGGUUCCACCACCUCUCUGGUCCUUUGUUCCAGUGCUUCACUGUACUCAGGAGGAAACAGCUUUUCCAUAUAUCCUGUUAGAACUUCCCUUAUUUAUUUCAAUUUAUGAUCACUGUCUCUUGUGUCCCUACCAAGCACUUCUGUAGAGUGCCUGACUCCAUCUCCUCUACGAUCACCUCAUAGGCAGUAUUUAGGCCUUCAGCAUGAACGAGCCCCAUUCAUGUAGCCUCUCCUCAUACGGCAAGUGCUCCAGCCCUGAUCUCUGCUGAUAAAUUCAAGCUCAUCAGCAUAAUUCUUGUACUGGUGGCCCAAAAUUAAAUGCAGUAUUCAGAGGCAGUCUAACAGUUACUGAGUAAAGGAGAACAAUCACUUCCCUUGAUCUACUGGCUUUGCUCCUGACCAUACAACCCAGUGCCUCCAUCACCAUCACAGCUGCAUGCUGUCUUUGCCUCGUCAGGCUGACUUGCUAUAAGCUACCUCAGAAAAUAAUGCUAUGUAGGCUGUGGAAUUAAUCUCACUUAAUUUUAAAUGUUUUCUAAGUUGAGCCUCACUGUCUGUACUACCCUCAUAUUUGGUCUGGGUGCACACCUCCACUGCUUGCAAUAAACAGGCAUGUACCCGGUGUCAGUAGCACUUAAGAGCAUGUCACAGCCAGCCGGCGUGGGACACACUACACUGACACAGGUACAUGAAUUUGGACACCUUCUUAAAGGCACUAGUGAGACAAAUGAGAUGGGCUCUAUACAAAACAUAUGUUAGGAACGUAUAUUCCUAGUAUUUAACAAGGAAACCUGGACCAGUUUUGGAACUACUUAAAUAAAAACGAGAGCUGGCCCUUGUCUGCAAUGCAGGAGUACUUGUCUAACAUUUAUGAAGGGCACAGAACUGCUAGCAUAUCUCUCAAAAGAGCAGUUAGAAAUUGCUCUUUUGGCCUUCUACCUCCUGGUCCAGCUGAGCUCUCAGGCCAAAGGUCCUACAGGUUAGAGUGAGGGCACGUCCCGCUCCUCUGCGCAGGCCUGGAGCCCUCCCUCCGUCCACAGCACCGGUGCAGGUGGUGUAGGCAGCGGGACACUCAGUGCUGAGGAUUUAAGGCAGGCUGCCAGAUAAAAAGCUUUAACAAAACAAACCAGAUAGCCAAGCACAACACUACAGCAAGCUGCGUGGUCCUUAUUUCCACAGCCCUUGGUCUCUCCUCCUCACUUCAUCGGACUGUAAACAUGAAAGUCACUUGAGCUCUCCCCCACACACGCGUUAGGAUCACGGUGUACUCAGGGCCCAGGAAAAACUUUCCUGAAUUAGACUGAAGAGAGUGGACUUGUAAGAUUGACUUAGCAAACAAGUCUGGUUCUACCCUACAAGGAACUUGCCAGGUGCAAGUAGUACCCCAAGGGGUCAGGAAGCUCAGCACUUCCACAGUCCCUCUCAUUUUACACCUAGCCUUUGGGUUCAUGGACUGCAGGGUGGUCACAGGGCACCACCGUGGACAAACUGCUUUCUUCUUACCCCAGGUGAAAGCAGAGCUCCAGAAGCAGUGGUCCCGCUUCCUGCUGGCAGAUCCCUUCGGCUGUAAACUCUGCUUUCUUGGGGAAAACAUAAAAUACCUCAGGAAAUGUUCACAGAAACAAAAAA